AUGGAUUUCACACAUGCUUGUGAAAUGCCAACUACUUGUGACACCAAAACUCAAACUGAAGAAUUUGAUUAUGUCUUUGCACAUAAUGGCUACCAAGCACCAGGAGAAGAUUUCUUCAAAAACGACGAAAAAGUAAGGUUUUGUACUGGUUUGCCUUCAUACGAAGUACUCUUGACAGUGCUGGAACACGUCAAGUCGCACGUCACUCGCACAUGUCAAUCGCUUAGCCGUUUUCAAGAGUUUGUAAAGGUCAUGAUGAAACUUAGACUGAACAUGCCAUUUCAGGAUUUAGCGUAUCGAUUUAUUGUGUCGAGAUCAACUGUAUCUAGGAUUUUUUUGCACUGGCUUGUCGUUAUGGACAUAAGAUUAGAACCUUUGAUUUAUUGGCCAACUAGAGAKGAACUGUGGGAAACAAUGCCCAUUUGUUUUCAGUAUUCCUUUGGUAACCAAGUUACAAUUGUCAUURAUUGCUUUGAAAUCUUUAUAGAGAAGCCCUCAAAUCUUUUAGCCAGGGCGCAAACAUUUUCCAACUAUAAACAUCACAAUACAAUUAAAAUCUUGAUUGGCAUUACUCCACAAGGUCACAUUAGCUUUGUUUCUGAAGCUUGGGGAGGCAGGACMUCAGAUAAGUACUUGACUGAAAGCUGUGGUUUCUUGUCUCAUUUACUGCCAGGAGACAUGGUUAUGGCUGACAGAGGUCUUCAGCAAGCCAAGUUAAUAAUCCCUGCCUUUACGAAAGGAAAGUCGCAAUUGGACCCGGUUGAUGUGGAGAGAACAAGAGGGAUAGCCAAUGUGCGAAUACAUGUCGAGAGAGUUAUCGGUCUGUUACAUACCUGA